CUCAGGGCCGGGCCGGGCCGGGCCGGCAGCGCCGCAGGUCAGUUCCAGCACGCGGCCUGGAAGGAAAGAGGAUGGAAGGAGGAAACGCUGCCAAGGAAAGAGUCCUCAUUACUGGAGGAGGGGGUUAUUUUGGCUUCCGUUUAGGUUGUGCCAUGUAUCAAAAGGGAGUUGAUGUGAUCCUCUUUGAUGUGGUGAAGCCACUUCAAACCGUGCCAGAGGGAAUAAAGUUCCUGCAGGGGGAUAUCUGUUGCCUGUCUGAAGUGGAAGAAGCUCUCAGAGAUGUAAUCUGCGUGUUCCAUAUCGCUUCCUAUGGAAUGUCUGGCAGGGAGCAGCUGAACCGAAAACUUAUAGAAGAUGUUAACGUGAAGGGAACAGAAAAUGUCAUCCAGGCCUGCAAGAGCAGGGGAGUGUCCAGCCUGGUUUAUACAAGUACCUACAACGUGAUUUUUGGAGGCCAGAUUAUAGAAAAUGGGGACGAGUCUCUGCCUUACCUACCUCUGCACCUUCACCCUGAUCACUACUCCAGAACAAAAUCUUUAGCUGAAAUGAAGGUGCUGGAGGCAAACGGUGCCGAGCUGGGAAAUGGGAGAGGUGUCCUGAGGACCUGUGCUCUCCGGCCAGCAGGGAUCUACGGGCCUGGGGAGCAGAGACACCUGCCAAGAAUAGUCAGCUACAUUGAAAGGGGACUGUUUAAAUUUGUCUAUGGAGACCCUCUGAGUCUGGUAGAGUUUGUACACGUGGACAACCUGGUCCAGGCCCAUGUCCUUGCCUCCGAGGCCCUCAGAGCCAGCAAGCAGCACAUUGCUGCAGGCCAGGCCUAUUUUAUUUCUGAUGGCAGGCCCAUCAAUAACUUUGAAUUUUUCCGACCACUAGUGGAAGGUUUGGGUUACAAGUUCCCAACCCUGCGCCUCCCCCUCUCCCUUGUCUAUUUUUUUGCAUUCCUUACUGAAAUAGUUCAUUUUCUUGUGGGGCACAUUUAUAACUUCCAGCCCCUCCUCACUCGCACGGAGGUUUACAAAACUGGUGUCACACACUACUUCAGCAUGGGGAAGGCCAGGACGGAGCUGGGCUAUGAGCCCCAGCAGUACAGCCUGGAUGAAGUGGUGGAGUGGUUUAGAUCCCAGGGAUGUGGGCCAAAGCCAAGAAAUUACACCAUGAUGCACCUGGUUAGGGAUGGAGGCCUGCUUGUGCUGCUGAUUGCUGUGCUGGUCUCCUGGUUUCCAUCUGCAGUGACAUUUUCACUCUGAAAGAUGAAAUGCUGAGGACAGAAUUUAGUUAUGUUCUCUGCUUACUCUUGGUUUUGAGAGACAGGUAAUAAAAGAUUUUUUAAAAAAUA